AUGAAGUCCUUCGCUCCCCUACUCGCCCUGGCGGCCGUCGUGUGCGCCCAGCAACAGCAGCUGAAGCCCAACGCUGCCGAGUGCGCGCAGGCCAACAUCCUGGCACAGAUGAUCCAGGCCAACAUCCUCGACCAGCAGGAGGAGCAAAAGGCCCUCGGGGCCGUCGAGCAGGCCCUGGCCGAGAAGGACCAGGUCGCCUUCGGGCAGGCCCGCGACCAGCUGCUCACAGUCGUCAACAACGGCAUCACCAUCAGGCAGGCCGCCCAGCAGAUCUCGCCAAAGAACAACGCCGCCGCCCAGGGGCUCGACACGGUCAAGAAUGCUCAACUCACCGAGCUCGGCCUCGCCCUCAAUCUGACCGGAAACCCCAACACCGACAACGCCAUCGUCGAGCAGCUGAAGAAGGACUUUGCCGACGGCAUCGAGCAGAACAAGCUGAACGCGGCUGCGGCGGUCCAAGGAUGCGGAGCGGCGGGUGCCAACGGCGGUGGCAACAACGACAACGGCACCGUGGCCGACGGCGCCGGCAAGGACAAGGCCAAAGGCAAGAACAACGGGAACAAGGACCAGAACAACCAGAACAACCAGAAUGGCGCAAGCAACGGAGCGAAGAAGGCCGCGGCCAAGCAGGCCCAGCAGGCCCAGCAGGCCGAGGGCGGCUCGCCGGUCAACAAGGCCGACAAGAGGGCCGUACGACACGCACGCGCCUUUGGGCUGUGGUGAAGCGGGUGUGGACUCUUGUUUCCUGUUGUUUGGGCGCUUCCGGUUCUGGACCGAAGAGGCCGGUUCUCGAGGAAGGAACUGUAAGCAAAAGACAGUCAAAUAAAACGUGCAUAAUUUGGAAUCCGGGCAUUUGAUGUAUGCCACCUACUCUUAUCAUUUCAAACCACUUUGAUCGCAACAGCAAGGCAGGACAACAGUUCAGCCUAGGAUGUCG